AUGUCAGAAGGCGAGAAAGGCACCAGGAAAACAGGAACAUUGGCUACUGGGAGUAUUCCCUCAGAAAUCAUAGAAAAAGAAUGAAAAAAGUUACUUGAAAUCCUCCAACAAGAUCCUGAUUGUACCUUAGAUACAUUAACCUCUCGGAGGCUAAUUUCUGAGGAAGAGUAUGAGAUUCUGGAGAAUAUUACAGAUCCCAUGAGGAAAAGUUGGAAGCUGUUAAUUUUGGUACAGAAAAAGGAAGAAGUAAGCGGUCAGCUUUUUCUCAACUGUUUACUUAGUACUUUUUCAGAGUCAACUACCAUUUGGGACUUAAAUCACUUAAAUCAUGAACUUCUAAAACAUGAGUAUAUAGAGCCACCGCAACCUGUGGGGGUAAGCAGGGAAGGAUUUUUUACUCCUGGAGAGAAAGAGCCUGAGAAUCCUGAGAUCACCACGUCCUUCAAAGAGAAAGAACACUUGGAUUUGGAAACCUCUGAGUCUUUCACGGACAAGAAGGUUGGUUAUCGGGAAACUGCUUGGUCCUCAAGGGAAAAUGAGAAGGAAUACAACACACCAAAAUUCACAGCUCUGCAAUUGGCUGAGAAUGUUGAAUAUGAAUUUCCAGCAACUCUUGAGUAUUUACAGGAUGAACAGAGAUAUGAGGAGCCAGAUGAUUCUUUACACUUAGGAAAAGAGGAAUAUCUAGAAUCUGUCGGGUACUCUGAAAAUGCAGACACCCCCGUGGAAGAGGAUGCUUGUGAUGACCCAGAGUGCAUUAUCUAUGUCAGCAAAGAGGACUCUUUGUAUUCUGAAACCAUGGAGUUCUCUGCUGAAGAACCGAAUUAUGAGGAUCCAGAAACUGGCAUGUCAUUGGAGGAGGAGGAGGAGAAAAGUAUGGAAGAAAGAAAGAAGUGUUUAAAGAUGUCCUGUCCUGUUUAAACCCGGAUACAAGCAGAAAGCUUCUGCCAGAUUACGUUAAACAAUUCUUCUUAGACGGAAGCUGUAGGUGGGUGACUGAGACUCCAGGUGACUUAGCCUGGAACUUCCUGAUGAAAGUUCAAGCACUGGAUAUGACAGUCAGAGAUUCAAUCCUCAGACACAAGGUUCUGGGUGAAGAUAGCAAAGGGGAAUUUUUGACUGGAGUAGAGAAUGCGGAAAUUAGAGAAACAGAAACCAUUAAUCCCCUUGAUGUCCUUUGUGCCUCUAUGCUGUAUUCAGAUAGCUCUUUGCAACGUGAAGUCAUGUCAAACACGUAUCAGUGCAGUUUGCCCUUCCCUGCUACUGCCAGAUGCAGAAAAGAACAAAAGCAUUUUAAUGCUGGGGGCCAUUAAGGACAUUGUGAAGGAGCAGUCAACGCAGUCUUCAGGAAGGCCUACAGGGGAUACAGAAAAUUUCUGACUCUCAUGAAGAUGCCUGUCGUCUCUUUUGUGCAUCUGGGAUACUGUAGCUCCUCCAAGUCCAGAAUCCUCAACACAUUGCUCAGCCCUGCCCACCUGAAAUCACACAAAAUCUUUCUCCAUCAGGAUUUGCUUGUUCUGGUGCUUCUCCAGCAGAUCUCUGAUGGCCUGGUUGAGGUAACAUGGAGUUUUCCUGAUAGUGAUGGUCUAAAGGAAAACCCCAGUUUUUUCCAGAAAGCUGUUGCUGUGGCCAACCUUCGUGGGGAUCUAGAAAGUUUUUGGACACCGUUUGGUUUCUUGAUGGAAGUUUCCUCAGCUGUGUUUUUUUUCAUUGACUGCCUAGGUGAGAAGGAAUGGGACUUGCUAAUGUUUUUAGGAGAAACUGCCACUGAAAGAUGCUACUUUGCCUCAGUCCGCAGGCCAGGGAGAAUGAGGAGGCUCAGAUUUCCCAGAGGAUCCUGAAGUUGAAGCCAUCACAGCUGCUGUUUUGGGAGGAGGAGGAAGCUGGAGAGAGAGGAAGGAACAUGGAGGGUCUUCAAGCUGCCCUGAAAGAAGUGAUGUCCUCUUCACUCAGAUGUGUGUCUGUGGAGGACAUUGCACCCCUGGCCAGGGAGUUGGGGAUACAGAUAGACCACGACUUUUAGAACAUGCAGGGGAUUCAAGUUUCCCCUACUGAAAACUUGGCUGGAACAGCUGAAGAUGAGGGACCACAAAGACACAGUCAGCCAAAAAACUCAUCUGAAAGCCCCGCUUAGAUGUCAGUAAGAGAGGCUGAGGCUAGAUGUGAGAUCAGCCAAAAUCUUCAGAAUUUCCAUCUCACCCCAGUAUUCAUGCCUCUUCUGAAAAACUGCCGUCCUUUACCAACCAGAAUUGGAGGCUCCGGACGCGCAGGCUCAGCGGCCAUGGCUCACGGGCCCAGGCUCUCCGCGGCAUGUGGGAUCUUCCCGGACCGGGGCACGAAGCCACGUGCCCUGCAUCAGCAGGCGGACUCUCAACCACUGCGCCACCAGCCCACAAGAAAGAAGAAAAAAAUCAUUAGUGAUAUGGUGUGUGCUGGGAUAUUGCUUUAGGUUCCUGGGACCUCUUGCAACAUUGGCCAAAGAUUAGUAAGAUGUGUUCUCAACCUACCCCCAGUUCAAGCUGGAAGUGUCAGAGAGUUGCAGUGCUUUCUAGGAUCACUUCACUUCACAAAACAACUCCCAAAACACAAGAAACCCCCAAACCAAAAAAACUAAAAAAAAAAACUACUUGCAAUUGAAUUCUUGUCUCAGAUCUGCUUCUGGGGGAACCCAAACUAAGACAGCCACUGAAUGCGGACUUGUACAUUGAGUGCUUAAGGAGAGUCCAUGACAUCUGGAACUCAUGCAACUGGAGUUGAAUUAAAAAAAAGAACUCUUGGGGCUUCCCUGGUGGCACAGUGGUUGGGAGUCCGCCUGCUGAUGCAGGGGACGCGGGUUCGUGCCCCGGUCCGGGAGGAUCCCGCAUGCCGCUGAGCGGCUGGACCCGUGAGCCAUGGCCGCUGAGCCUGCGCGUCCGGAGCCUGUGCUCCGCAACCGGAGAGGCCACAGCAGUGAGAGG